AUGAGUAAAGCAAACUUACUCCACACUGACAAUAACAUGAAAAUCAUCUUGUUCUCUGAAGUGAGUGUUGGGAUCUCAGCUAACACUAUCCUCUUUUUUGCCCGCCUCUGCAAGCUCCUUGGUGAGAACAAGCCUAAACCCAUUGAUCUCUACAUUGCUUUUCUCUCCCUGACCCAACUAAUGCUACUUAUAACUAUGGGACUCAUAGCUGUGGACAUGUUUAUGCCUUGGGGGAGAUGGAAUUCUACCACAUGCCAAUCCCUUAUCUAUUUGCACAGGCUUCUGAGAGGCCUCGCCCUUUCUGCUACCUGUCUGCUGAAUGUCCUUUGGACUAUCACACUUAGUUCUAGAAGCUCCUGUUUAACAAAGUUUAAACAUAAAUCUCCCCAUCACAUCUCAGGUGCCUUUCUUUUCUUCUAUGUCCUCUAUAUGUCUUUUAGCAGUCAUGUCUUAGUAUCAAUUAUUGUUACCCCCAACUUGACCUCAGAAGAUUUUAUGUAUGUUACUCAGUCCUGCUCACUUCUACCCAUGAGUUACUCCAGAGAAAGCAGGUUUUCCACUCUUAUGGCCAUCAGGGAAACCUUUCUUAUCAGUCUCAUGGCCCUGUCCAGUGGGUACAUGGUAGCUCUCCUAUGGAGGCACAAGAAGCAGGCCCAGCAUCUUCGCAGCACCAGCCUUUCUUCAAAGGCAUCCCCAGAGCAAAGGGCCACCAGGACCAUCAUGCUGCUCACGAGCCUCUUUGUGGUUCUCUACAUUUUGGAAAGAGUUGUCUUCCAAUCAAGGCUGAAGUUCAAGGAUUGCUCAGUAUUCUACUUUGUCCAUAUUAUUAUGUCCCAUAGCUAUGCCACAGUCAGCCCUUUUGUGUUUAUUUGUACUGAAAAACAUAUAAUUAAGUUUUGGGAGUCAAUUUUUGGCAGAAUAGUAAAUAUUUGA